UGAGUAGUUCAAGGUCUGGAUGUCAGUGAUAAUGGAAUUCUGAGUAUUGCGCUGCCAUAGCCAGUGCUUGGGGCAGCUAGGGUUUGUCAUAUCUUAGGUUUUGUCCGUCAGAAUUUCAGUCUGUCAGUCACCCUGAAAUCGCAAUUCAGUAUUGUGUCAGUGUCUGAAAGCGCCAUACUGGAUUUGAUGUUUUGAGUCAGGUCCUACUUUUCUAACUGGGACCAGAGGAUACUCGCCCUUGAGACCCAAGGUUCUGCCAUGGACCGCAAGGUUGAUAUGCUGGCAGCAAGCCUUGAGUCUUUGACGACGAGUGUCAACAGCAUCCUACAGCACUUGCAGUUACCUGUCCCUUCUCCCAAACCUCCUCAACCUUCCCCAGCAUCCUCUACACCAUCUCACAGUCGACCAUCUUCACCUGCUGGUUCCCAUGCGUCCACUACCCCUGCUGCCUCUGACACAUCUGAUCAGCGGCAGCCCAAGCUGAAACCACCACCGAUGUAUUCUGGGGAAGACCCCAAGGUGGAUGUUUCAGAUUGGGUUACUUGCAUGCAGGCGUACCUGGGCAGCUUUGUUUGUCUACAGGUGACAAAGGUAGGGACUAUUCUGGGUCGUUUGGAGAGGACUGCACUGAAAUGGUGCACAUCCUUUGCAGCGAAGCAGAAUCAGCCCAUGGACGAAUGGGCACAACAGCUGAAGGUGGAGGGGUUGCCGCAGCCCUUGCGAGACCGGUUCGCUGACAGGGAGCAGGCCCGAAAAGCAGCAGACAAGAUAAUGCUGUUGGGCUCACGCAAGUUUGAGGGUUCCCUGUCCAAGCUCUACAGUAUGUUUGAGAGCUUGACUGCUACACCCGGUCUGGAGAUGAGUGAGUCGGACCAGCUUACCCAUUUCCUUCGCGCUGCGCCUCCAGACUACUCCAUUGCUUUGUAUUCUCAGGGCCACAAGGACUGGAGGUCCUUUGGCAAAGCGGCCCUGGACCUGGAGUCUCGACUCAAGGUUCAGGAACCUUCUGAAGGAAGGAGGAGACCCUCUUCCAGGGGACAACGCAGGAAGAAGGGUGCUCUGUUGGCUGCUGAUGCAGGUUCUGAUUCUGAUGCAUCUCAGUGUGGCAGUCCUCCAUCUGAGACUGCAUCAGGAUCAGCAGUUGAGCCAGCCGUUCUUGCCCUGGCUGAGAAUCUCGCUGCCAUGUUUAAGGGAAAGUUUAACAAGGACAGCAGCAACAAGAACUCGGCCAGCCAGAAGGGGAAAGGGAAGGGACGUGCCACUUCCCCUCAGGCCCAGAGACCUAACCUACCACGAGACGAAGAUGAUAGUCAGACUUUUGCUGAUCUUUUCCUGUCUUUGCAGGAAAAGAAGAAGCACAAGUCAGACCUCAUCUUGCUGCGGCCCUCUAUCCUGGGAGCCAGGAUCGAAGGCCUGUUGGACUGUGGGGCUACCCGGAACUUCAUCUCUCCCAAGGCUGUCAGCAAGCUGCAUCCGGAUGGGAGAUUGGUGAAGUUACAACAGCCACUGGAAGUCCGAAUUAGGGACUCUUCCACAAUCCGGAUUACCUUUGCUGUCAAGAACCUACCGGUUAUCUUUGACAAGCAGGAGAAGGUCAGGCAGCGCCUGAACUUCUAUGUGUUUCCUAAUGUGCCUUUUGAUCUUGUGUUUUCCAUGCAGUGGCUUGAGGCCACUAACCCUAGGAUCGACUGGCAGAUCCCUAGGGUAGAGCUUCCUGACUGUCGAGGGGACUAUCGGCCUUGUGUCCUGGCUGAUGAGUACCAUCCAGUCAGUAGUUGCUUUUGUAUGAGGGCACACGAGUUUUUACAGCUCUCUCGCCAGACUGCCCACACACGUCUGUUCAUUGCAUAUGUGAAACAGACUGGUGUGGAUGUUGCUCCUUGUCCCUCACCGAUUCAGCAGGUUUUGGACCGGUAUCCGGACCGGAUGCAGGAGCCUACUAGACUUGUCCAUAGGCAGACUCGGCAUAGGAUUGAGCUCCUGCUAGGUGCGGUCCCUCCCAAGGGCCGUAUCUACAGGAUGUCCCCUGCUGAACUCAAUGAGCUCAUGAGAGAGCUUGAGACCCUGACCAACAAGGGCUGGAUCAGACCCAACACAUCUGAAUUUGGGGCUCCAGUUCUCUUUGUUCCGAAGGGAAAUGGAGAGUUCAGAAUGUGCGUGGACUACAGGGGUCUCAACAAAAUCACUAGGAAGUCUACAGAGCCCCUUCCUAGGAUUGAUGAUCUGCUGGACAUGGUGCAGGGCUGCACAAUUUUCAGCAAGAUCGAUCUCAAAUUUGGCUACCAUCAGAUUGAGAUGGCUGAAGGCGAUGUCCAUAAGACCGCCUUCAAGACCAGAUACGACACUUAUGAGUACCUAGUCAUGCCCUUCGGUCUCUGCAAUGCCCCUGGCACAUUCCAGACAGAGAUGAAUCGCAUACUCAGGCCUUACCUGGACAGAUUUGUAGUUGUAUACUUGGAUGAUAUCGUGGUAUUCAGUCGAUCUGUCGAGGAGCAUGCGCAGCAUCUGGCUCUAGUUCUCCAGGCACUACAUGAGGCCCAGUAUAAGAUCAACAGAGAAAAGUCCUCCUUUGGAGUGACUUCUGUGACUUAUCUCGGACAUGUAAUCUCUGGGGAAGGGCUAGCUCCUGAGGCAACAAAGGUUGUUGCAAUUCAGGACUGGCCACAACCCACUACAGUUCGUGAUGCCCGGUCAUUCCUGGGUCUUGCAUCUUACUACAGAAAGUUCGUCAAGAACUUUUCUGCUAUUGCGGCACCCCUGACCGAUCUUACAAAGAAAGACACCCACUUUCUUUGGACAUCAGACUGUCAGUAGGCUUUUACACGCCUCAAGGAGGCCUUGAUGCG